AGACAUGGCAGUAACACGCUACCUCCACCUGUGUCACGCUUACCUUUUCUGCUCGAGUGCCCCCUUGCGGCCGUUAGAAAAAAAAAAAAAGCACAAAUUAGCCACAUCACCGCAUAAGCCUCAGGAUUGAAAGCGUGUGGCAGUUUAUAGGCCGGAAAUUACAGUACUGUAUUUCAAAAUAUACAAAACACACACACCAGUUUUGAGCUGAACCACAAUUCGGACCAAAGAUCUUCAAUUCAAAGUCGUUAACUUGGGUGAACCUGGAAACCUUUGCGAAAAUAUCCCGACAUGUUAAUCAGGCUACCGGAAGUCCGAAAGUCUACAAAACGGAGAAAGUUUGCUUCAGACGGUAACCGCUGGCAGGGGGGGAUUGGGACUGGGCCUGACCGUGUCUAAAAAAAAAAAUCCAAAGAUAAUCAAGCCAAUUAUAAUUGCGGCCAACAUUGAAAAUAAAAACUGUUCCAAUCCAAAUAAUUUUUGAAGAGGUUCGGAUAAACAGUCAAAAAGGGUUCGCAGGAUUGGUCCCACCGUACAAAAAAUAAAUGAAAAAAAAAGUUUUUAAAAAUGACAAAAAAAUUGGAAAUAAAAAAAAAAAAAUGAAGACAAAAACAGGAAAAAAAAAUCUGCAACAAAGUCAAUCUCUGGGCGCCUGAGUGCGAGUAGGUGGGGGUCCGAGGUUUAUUAUUGUUUGCGGGUUACUACGAACGUGUUUUUGGUAGUUGAACGUUUUGCUCUGACCAACCAGAGGAUACGACAAUGCUGACGUCGUCGCUAAUUUCGAAACGGGCCCAUUGCUAAAAAAGUUCAAGUUCUGUUUGAAAGUUCGAAAAGACAAAAAUCUAAUUCACUCCCCCCCCCCCAAAAAAAAGAAUAAUUACGUCACAAUUCAUGACUACAAUUUUAUGGAACAAAAAUUUGAUUUGAGAUUUGCAAAUUUGCAGGUGUGGGCAAUUCCCAGCCGUAGUGUCCACGAGCAAACCAGCUCCUGUGACAAUGGCGGCAUUUUUUUUUUUUUUUAUGGGGGGGGGGGGCAGUUGUAGUGUCCUGUCAAGGACUCCCACCCCGCCCCCGUUCUAUUUUUGAGGUGGUCUUAUCACAGCUGUUGCAUCAGCGGUGGCAGGCAGGCAGCCCGUCUUAGCCCCUCCACGCUUUCUUUCUGUCCCCCUGCGGCCUUCGGUCCCGGUAAGACCCCUCGCCCGUUUGGCUGGCUUUCGCCACUUUGGCCUAAACAUAACAAUACAGCUUAAACACGCCAAUUCUCUUUUUUUUUUUCCUCCUUUCUCUGCCCUUCAUGUCUUUAAAAAUGUUUGCCAAGUGCUUGUUUAACGCAUGUUAGCAUCGUUUGUCAUCGACUCACACGAACGUUUCGACCUUCCAGUCUUUUUUUGUUGUUGUUGUUUUCGCGUCCUUUCCACAAUUUUCAAAAGCAAAUCACUGCACUUUUUUUGUGCACGCCGACCAUCAAUAGUGUCGGUUUAGGAGGAAAUAAAUGAACGUCUUGCCCAUAAAAAGAGGGUCUUAAAAUAGCCCGCGGCGCUGGAACAGGUGCCAUGCGCCGGGGCUUGUGAAAGCGCUGUGAAGGCUGCGCUAAUUUUAUGCGUGUAAACAUUCUCCCUCUGCCAGACUGUGUGGAACAUUAUUGCUUGCUUUCCAUCAUUCUUGUACAAAUAAUACUUAAAAAGAAAAAUCCUCUAUACUCAUAAAAAAAUAGCAUGAUUUAGAAGCCUAACAAAUCAUAUUUGGUACGAAAUGCUACUUCAAAAUUGGACGUACUACGUCAGUUUGGACGACGAACAAUUUUCCAGUGACCAAAACGCCAUUUUCAAUCUUUCCAGAAUCAGAAUCAGCUUUGUUGGCCAAGUGUGGAAUUUGUCUCCGGUAUUCGGUGCUGCUCUGGUACGACAUUCAGAACAUAGAACAAGCAAACUAACAUACGGAUGAACUUCGAAGGUCAAACGCAAUCCGGUCAACCUCAAGGUUGUCGGGAAUUCCAUUUCCCCCAUAGAAAUUAAACACCCCACCCCCCCAAAAAGAAAAAAAAAAAACCCAAUCAGAACUUCAAUGAAUCACUUGAUUCUCGUUUGAUCCUGACGGAAAACAAUUGCCUCUCAGCUGCCCAAAACAAAGAUGGAGACCUGUCCAGAGAAGGGCACCCAGGCCGACACCACCCACGGGAAAGGAAACGCGGACCUGACCGAGGACCUGAGCAAGCAACUGGAGGACAUCAUCAGCGCCUACCAGGCCGACAAGGCUCCGGAUGAGCCGGAAGACGCGGAGGAGGUCCGGCCCAACACCCGACGGGACCAGAAACUGGAGAAAAAGAUGCUCAAAAACUUGGGAAAAGAUGCCAUGCUCCUCAUGCAAAGUCUGAACAAGCUCGACACUCCCGAGCAGAAACUGGAGGCCACCAUCAAGAAGCACGCCGAGCUGCUGGAGGAGCACCGGAGCGACCAGAAGCAGCUGAAGGUUCUGCAGAAGAAGCUUCUGCAAGUGAUGAAGGAGAAGGACCAGCUGCAGAGCGAGCACAGUCGUGCCGUCCUGGCUCGCAGCAAACUGGAGGGACUCUGCCGGGAACUGCAGCGGCACAACAAGACCUUGAAGGAGGAGACGCUGCAGAGGUGCCGCGAAGACGACCUGAAGAGGAAGGAGAUCACCACCCACUUCCAGGGAACCCUGAGCGACAUCCAGGCCCAGAUCGAGGAGCACAGCAACCGCAACACCAAACUUUGCCAGGAGAACAGCGCCCUGGCCGACAAGCUCAAGGGCCUCGUCACGCAGUACGACCAGCGGGAGGCGAACCUGGAGAAGGUUUUCAAGCACCGCGACCUGAAGGAGAAGCUUCUGGACACCAAACUGACUCAGGCCAACAUGUUGCUGAAGGAGGCCGAACAGAAGCACAAGCUGGAGAGGGAGCUGCUGCUGCAAAAGGCCGCCGAGUUCAAGUCUCAAGCGAAGGUCUUGAAGGACAACGAGGUGGAGAUGAAGGCGCAGCUCGACAUGUACUCCAAGAAGUUUGAAGAGUUCCAGGGCACCGUUUCAAAGAGUAACAGCGUCUACAGCAGCUUCAAACAGGACAUGGACAAAAUGGCCAAGAAGAUGAGGAAGCUGGAGAAGGAGUGUCAAUCAUGGAAAAGCCGCUUCGACGGCUGCAGCCGGAGCCUCGUGGACAUGGCGGCGGAUAAAGCUGUGAGGGACAAGGAGCUGGAGGUGGUCACCCUCAAGAACCAGAAGCUGGAGAGUCUGUGCAGGGCCUUGCAGGACCAAAGGAAGUCUCUCUACGAGAAGGUUCAAGCAGCCGGGGUCCACCCUGAGGAGGGGGCGAAAAAGGACGUCCCGCAGGAGGAGGAAGACGGCGAGGGGUCGUCGACCGCCGACCCCGCCGGGUCCGGGUCCGCCGACUCCCCGGAAGCCCUCCUGAGCCUGGAACUGGCCAAACUGAAAGCCGAGCAGGCGCUCCUGAAGGAGCUGGCCGGCUCCAUCGCCGUUCCAGCGGACGCGACGACGGAAGCCCCCUCCCGAGAAGCCCGAGAACCCGCGGAGAACCUCGCGGGGCGGGGCCACCAAGAACGUUUGGAACUGGAGUCUGUUCACUAA